ACUCACUUAUUAGGGUUUUUUUUUUUUUUUUUUUUUUUUUUUUUUUUUUUUUUUUUUUUUGGGUUUGUGAAGGCAAAUAGCUAAUUCCUUCCACCGGACGAUUCGACAAAAAAUGGUGAAAGGACGUCAAGGAGAAUCUGUCAGACUCUAUGUCAGAGGUACCAUACUUGGGUACAAAAGGUCGAAGUCUAACCAGUACCCAAACACGUCCCUGAUCCAAGUCGAAGGAGUUAACACGACAGAGGAAGUGGGAUGGUACAAAGGUAAACGAAUGGCUUACAUCUACAAGGCCAAGACAAAGAAGAACGGCAGUCACUACCGAUGCAUCUGGGGAAAAGUCACAAGGCCGCAUGGUAACAGUGGUGUGGUUCGAGCCAAAUUCACCUCAAACUUGCCUCCUAAAUCAAUGGGAGAUAGAGUAAGAGUGUUCAUGUAUCCGAGCAACAUCUAGAUCUUUGUGUAUCUCAUCAACUGAUGGUUUUUUGUUUGCAAAACCUUAUCACUGAGACCUUCUCUUCUUUAUUAUUUGACUCUUUUUAUA